GCUUUUUGCUAUCUCAAUUAAAACACUCUGGAACAGGAUUCAUUCAACUUUUCUGAAAGACAGGAUAGUGGGCAGGGUCAAAAGUUGUUGGCGUACAAAUCUCGUUUUCCUGCAGCACUCGAAUAUUUUGGGCUUGCCUUCCGAGGUCACGCCAAAAGUUGUGUGGGUAUAAAUACAGAGAACCGACGAGAGAUGAUCAUUCACCGUUUAGCUUCGCACCUAAACAUAGAUCAAAUAAACCAAUCAACAUGAACGCUUUGGUCGUGCUCUCCUCUGUCUUGGCUGUGGCCAGUGCUGGCAUCAUUGCCACGCCCUACACCGCUGGCCUUCCUUAUGGCCUUUCCCCUUACAGCACCUGCUACUUGCCCUAUGCCUACAAUGGCGCCCCCAUUGCUUACAACAGUGCCCCUCUUGCCGUGGCUCCCGCUCCCGUUCCCAUCCCUGCUGCCCCCGUAUCCUCGCAAUACCAAGCUCAGGAUGAGUUUGGAAACCUGAACUAUGGUUAUGUUAACAUCAACUCGGCCAAGCAAGAGGUGGGCAAUGCCUACGCUGGUGUGACUGGUUCUUACAGCUACGUGGACGCUAACGGCAUUCCCCAACGUGUCAACUACAUUGCUGAUGGUCUGGGAUUCCGUGCUGACGCCACCAACUUGCCCGUUGCCCCAGUGUACACUGGUGUCGCCCCUGUUGACAACGGAGUGGCCCCNCCGUGA